UUUGUUUACGUCGUCAUACGUAGAGCAAAGGCUGCUGGUCCUCCGCUGUCAUGGCUCCGGACAUAAACAGAAUUUCGUGAUUAGCGACACUUUUCGGAGUCUUUUGUUACUUGAGCGGUCACUACGAAUUAACUGUGAAUCCAGGAAAGAAGCGGCAGAGGGGAACAUGUCCGGGGUGGACAAGGCCGUGGAGUUACAGCUGCAGAUACGGCAGAAUGCGGAGGAUCUUCACAGCUUCAUGAGGGAGCUGGACAACUGGGAGACAGACAUCAAGAGGAAGGACGAAGAGCUGAGGACUGGACGAGUCCAGGAGCUCCAGAAAACCCUUCCACCUGUGCGUAACAAGGGCUACAGGUCAAAGAUGAGGGAGAAGAGGAGGAAACAGGUGCCUGCUGCUGACGGCGACACAAAGGCAGAGGAGCCCAGUCGAGCUUCCAGACUCAAAUCCUGUGAUUAUGGAUCAUGGGACAAGUUCGACGUGGAUAAAGCUCUGGCAGAAAUGGACAAGGAGGCCGAGUCCAACGAGUCCGACUCGGAGGAGAUGGACAAGGACAGAGCUCUGGCUGAGAAGGAGAAUGGUAACAAAUUGUUUAAAGAGGGGAAGUAUGACGAGGCCAUAGAGUGUUACACUAGAGGGAUGGCUGCUGAUCCAUACAACCCUGUGCUUCCCACCAACAGAGCCACGUCCUUCUUCAGACUCAAGAAGUACGCCGUGGCCGAGUCGGACUGCAACCUGGCCGUUGCCCUUGACGACAACUACUAUAAGGCGUAUGCUAGGAGAGGAGCUGCUCGGUUUGCCCUGCAGAAACACCAGCUGGCUCUGGAAGAUUACCAGACAGUCCUCCGGCUGGACCCGGGUAACUCUGAAGCCCAGAGCGAAGUGAAGAAACUCCUGGAGAUCCUCGCUCAGGGUGACGUCCGCAGUCCGGCCGUCCAGCGCGCCGAGGCCGCUGCCGCCGCCAACCAGCAGCAACAGCCGGGAGAGCAGCAGAGGAAACAGGAAGCUGUGAUGCAGAAGGACAGAGGAAACGCUUACUUCAAAGAAGGGAAGUACGAGGCAGCCGUGGAAUGCUACAGCAGAGGAAUGGAGGCGGACGCCAUGAACGUCCUCCUGCCUGCCAAUAGAGCCAUGGCCUUCCUCAAGCUGGACAGGUAUAAAGAAGCAGAGGUGGACUGUACAGCAGCCAUUUCUUUGGAUGACACUUACUCUAAGGCCUUUGCCCGCCGCGGCACAGCCAGACUGGCGCUGGGGAAACUGCAGGAGGCCGAGGAAGAUUUCCGGCGGUUGCUCCAGCUGGAGCCUGGGAACAAGCAGGCCCUGAAUGAGCUGCAGAAGCUGCAGACGGAUCCAGGCUGCAGCGGCGCUCUGCGGGCAGAGGACGGCGCCCAGAGGAGGACGGUCCAACCGGUGGACAAACCAGAACAUCUGCGCUCAACCAAACCUCUGAGACGAAUCGACAUCCAGGAGAUCAGCGGGAGUCUGGCGCCGCCCAGGCAGGAAGCUCUUCCUCCGUUAAUCCAGGAAGUAGAGAGGAAGACUGACUCGCCGCUGUCGUCAUCGCCCAGCGCCAAGAUCAUCAAAAUGGAGGAAGCAGCAGAAACACAGAAACAUGACAGAGUUCCUGCCAGCAGAGAUGCCGCCCAAUCAGUUCAGGAGGAAUCCACUGAAGCAGCUGAAGCAUCAAGUUCAGAUGUGCCUCCUGCUCCCAGCAACAGCUUCCAGCUGGAGUCGGACCUCCGCAAGCUCAGCAAGCAGCCGGAUGCGGUUUACAGAUACCUCAGGCAAAUCAGUCCCUCAGCGUACGGCCAGAUCUUCCAGAACUCUCUGGAGCCGGACCUGCUCAACCAGAUCCUCAGAACCCUGCACGAUUUCUUCAUAGGGAAUGAACCUCCGACCUCCAUCUUGGAGACCCUCGGCGGUCUGGCGGGCGUGAGGCGCUUCGACAUGGCCAUCAUGUUCAUGACGCCGCAGGAGAAGAAAGUGCUGACGGAGCUGUUUGACUUCCUGCUCCAAGCCCAGCUGGACCAGCCCACCGUUUCAGACCUGCAGAAGAAGUACGGACUAUGAUGGACGGACAAACGCGUUCCCAGCUUCCAGCGUCUGCAAUGUGUUUACUUCAACCGGCCGAAGACAACCUGACGUUUGCUGAACUGAUACUUAACCAAAUAAAACAGGUGUGUGUUUCUGAAACGUG